UGAAUUGCCGUCGCCGUCGCUGUCGACGUCGCUGUCACCUUCUUCUUCGUCGUCUGCCUUUUCAGUACCUUCGUGCAGCGCAUAACGCGCGGUGUGUGUUUUGACUCUCGCUGAGUUUCUUAUUUGCCGCCCGCUCAUUAAUUUUUUGCAAUAUGUUGGCGCAGGUUCAACGAAAACCAGUGCAUCUCAUCUUCUAAGCGUUUUGCCCAAAAAAAUAUGCAUUUUAAUAAAACCAUUAAUAUUACAAACUAAGAAAAAAAAUAAGAAAAAUGUAUUUCAAAAAAAGCACACAAUGUGAGCAUGUGUAAUGUGAAAAUUUAGCAGUUAAGCGCGAAUUGUAUGUAUUAUUUAAAUUUUUGUUUAAUAAGUUUAACUAAAAAAAAUUUUAAAAAAAAAGAAAAACAAACGUAAAAAACUAUAAAAAGCAAAAACAAAAAAAACCGUAAUAACAAAUAAACGCAAUUCGAAACAAAAACAAACAUCAGCAAGCAGUCGAAUCUGCAACAACAAAAAAGAAAAAAUAACAAGCAGCAGGACCAAAAGCGAGAACGAGAGAACACGAUAUUGAGAAAGAGCGCUGUGUUGUUGGUGCUACUGUGGCUGGCGGAGCGAAGAGAAAGGUGAAAAAGAACAAGAAAAAUGUCAACGUUCUUGAACAAUUUCUUCCCGGCAGAUACGGCUGCUAUGGAUCCAAUUUUCUUCUCACCCACUAACGGUAUACCCUCUGAGAGUAAACUCGCCACUUAUAUGAAUCGACAGAAUGUUACCACAACGACGGGCUAUGGGCUGAAUAACGGUAAUGGUAAUGGUAACGGUAACAGUAAUAACGGGUUCUCACUACUUAACUUGGACUCGCCCCUAGCAGUUAAUAAAAAGUCUCAGGUAACGCCACAAUCGCCCGAAUUCAUUCCAACGCGCAUCAAUUCGUCUCCAAACUUUUACCCACCAUAUCACAUGAAUAAUGGCCUGAACGGCGUCAAUGGGUUAACAGCAGCCGCCGCCGCAGCAGCAGCGACAGUAACAGCAACCGCAUCCACAGCAUCCGUGAGCAUCAGCAAGACGUCAAAUGGCAGCAAUCCUUCCAUACUCUCCAUGCAGAAAACAACAUCCGUUGCAACAGUUUCCCUAACACAGCAACAACAACAGCAGCAGCAGCAACAACAACAGAAGCAGCAACAACAGCAACAAACAUCCCUGGUGAAUGCCACUGUAACGGCCAGUUCGGCGCCCAUUGCAAUUAGUGGCAGCGCACCACCGAAUCCCGCUGCGGCGCCAUUCGUCAGCAGCAUGUCCGCCCAGACGCCGCUCAAGUCGCGCAAUGCAAUGAUGCGUCAGGACUCGCCAACGUCAGCGCUUAUCGGUGGCGAGAAGUCGCCGCCACAUGGCAUGACACCACACGGUGCCUCGCCCAUACCAACCACAUUGCCAGCGAGCGUGCAUCAGGAAAAUGUCGGCGGCACCAUAUACUUUUAUCCAACUGCCAAUGCACAGAAUAACCAGCCGGUGGUGAAUUCGGUGGUUGUGGAUGCCGCACAUCCAGCACAUCCGGCGCAUCAUGGCGUUGUCAAUGCGGUGGCACCGCUGAGCGCUGUUCCGUCGCAACUGAUGUAUUCGGGGCAUGUGUAUCCGGGUCCAGCGUCCAAUGUGAUUGCCAUGCAGCCAAAGACGCAACUGGAGUCUGCGUUCUUUAUGCCCGAUGAGAUGCGCACCGAUAUUCUUGCCCGCAACGAGAUCUCCAACCUGAUUAUGGAUGCAGCAGAGGCGGCACAACAUGCCCUGCCCCUCGAGGUGGACAACUAUCAUGCACUUUAUCCUCUAGAGCCGCCAGCCCAAGCGAUGCACAACAAACUGACGUUACCAGCGAGCACAUACCGCGCCACGCACAAUAGCACAGGAUUCAAGUAUUGCCUGAGAAGAUUACACGGCUUUCGCUUGCAGUCCACAAAGUGUAUGACGCUCGUGGAGAUGUGGAAGAAGCUACAGCACACGAAUGUUGUGCAACUGCGUGAGGUGUUUACAACAAAAGCAUUUGGUGAUAACUCAUUAGUAUUAGUGUACGACUAUUAUCCCGGCUCACAGACAUUGCUGGCCAAAUACUUUACGCCAACGCCCGAGGCCAACGGCUACACAGAUCCAUUCCAAGGCGAGGCACGCCCCUUCAGUCAUAAGAGCAACAUGCAGCGCACAAAUAACGGACCAUUGCUGCCGGAAUCGACAAUUUGGUCCAUAAUAAUGCAGUUAACCGCUGGUCUACGGGCCAUCCAUCAGGCGGGUUUGGCCUGCAAAAUCCUAGAUCCCACUAAGAUCAUUGUGACUGGGAAACGUGUGCGUUUUAGCUCCUGCUGUGUCUCGGAUAUCACGCAAUUCGAUCCAAAUGCGGCAAAUCCCUUGGCCUUGGUCAAUAUGCAUCAGCAGGAUGAUCUAACCGCAUUGGGUCGCUUAGUAUUAGCGUUGGCCUGUCGCUGUCUGCAGUCCGUGCAGCGUGAUAAUGUACAGUCUAGCAUUGAUAUGGUGACCCGUAACUAUUCCACCGAUCUACGUAAUUUUAUUGUUUACCUCUUCACCACGAAUAACCGCCGCUCUGUAACGGAUCUGAUGCCCAUGAUUGGUGCACGUUUCUAUACGCAACUGGAUGCGCUGCAGGCCCAAGUUGAUAUGCAAGAUGAUGAGCUGGCCAAGGAGAUGGAGAACGGUCGUCUAUAUCGCAUAUUGGUUAAACUGAACAGCAUCAAUGAACGGCCCGACUUCAAUUUGGACUGCACUUGGUCAGAGACUGGUGAUAGAUAUAUGCUGAAAUUAUUCCGUGAUUUUUUAUUCCAUUCCGUCACUGAGGAUGGCCGACCCUGGCUGGAUCACGCACAUAUUGUACAAUGCCUCAAUAAGCUGGAUGCUGGCUCUAUCGAGCGUGUGCAACUCAUGUCACGCGAUGAGCAAUCGGUACUAAUUGUCUCCUAUGCUGAACUCAAGAAUUGUCUGGAGAACGCCUUCUCCGAACUGAUGUCGAGUGCGGCCAACUGAUGAGCACCUCAAAACACUUAAAUAAACGAUUCAACAACAGAAAAAAACAACAACAACAUCAUCAUCAUCAUCAACAACAACAGCAACAUUAACAACAACAAUAAGAAGAAACACGCGCAGCUCAUUUAAGCCACGCCUAGUGUCCCUAUACCCUACCUCUUCCCCUCCCACUACUCGACCACAAGCAACUACAAUUAAAUGGUUUAAUAUAAAAAAAGAAGAGAAAAAACAUUCAUUAUAUUAACUAAGACAUUUUUAGGCGUAUGCCGAGUAAAACAUAAUAAACAACAAAAUAAUUAAAUUAAAUAAAUAAACAUAAACAACAUACGCAGAUUUAUAUUGUUAAGCCAAGAAAAAAGAUAAAGAUACAAAAAUAAUGAUAAUGAUAAAAAUGAAAGAAAACCAACAACAACUGAUAUCCAAUGUUAUGUUAGAUCUUAACUACAUUUUAGGCAUUUAAACUUACACAGAAAAUAAAACCAACAAACAUCAAAUAAACCAACAACAAACAGAAAAGGAGCAACAACUUUUUGAAAACGAAAUCUCUCCAAAAACAAUGAAAACGAUUCAAAAAAAUAAAAAUAUACAAAAAAAUGUAAACGAAAGAAAAAACUGAAAAACAACCAAAAAAAAAAACUUGCAAAAUUUGUUAAAGCAAAAAAAACAAAACAAAAACUUAAAAAAUGUACGAAAAUGAGCAAAAUGAGAAAGUUGAUCUAUUUUUACAGAGCUAAAUAAAAGAAGAGAAAGAAAGUAUUUAUAUGUAUUAUAAAAAAAUCUAUAAAAACUAAACUAAACAAAAAAAUUGUAAAAUAAAUCUAACGAAAAUUGUGCAGUGCGAAAAUGUUAAGCAACAAAAAGAUAUGUAAAAACAAAAACAACAACAAACAAAAAGAAAACAAAACAAGGAACCACUUCAAAUGUUUUAAGCAUUGUCUGAGCGCCUGCCUAUAUUCCCCUACAGCAACAACAACAACAAGAACUACAACAAGAACAACCAAACACAAAAAUGAAACAUUUCUUAUUUUUCAACUAAUAUUUUUAUAGCGAAAUAUUUUUUAAAAAACGAUUUAAGCAAGAGAAAUGGAAAUGAAGAAAACUAUUUGUAGAAAAAAAAAACGAAAAACGCAAAUGAAAUUGUUGGUUUAAGAAGAAGAACAUGCAAAGCGACGCACAGCGCGACUUGGCAAGUUGCUCAAAAACAAAAACAAAAACAAACAUAAAAAUAAUGUAUGAAUGAAGAAUAACAAUAACAAUAACAAAGAAGAUAACGAAAUCGUCUAGGCCACACAGCGUGAUAUGUAUAUACAUAUUCUAUUUUUCUUAUUUUGUUUUUUUUUCUAUUUAAAUGUACAACUCUUGAUGCAAUAUUUAUAAUUAUUUAACACAUACACACACCUUUACAAUGCACGCUCUCAAAAUUGCAAGUACAACAACAAAAUUACGAAGAAGUCUGUCUAUUUAAAUAUAUAUGUAUAUAUUUAUGUAUAUGUAUAUAUUAUUUUAAAUGCUAAAUCCCAAUUAGCGCCAAUGGGGCAAAAAGUCGCGUUGCGCCUGCGCGGCUGCAUAUCACUAAACCGAGAGAAAUCCAAAACAAAAA